GUUGUAAACAAAGAUGGCGCCGGCUGAUGAGCCAGCUUGAAGUUCAUCAUUCUGACUCGUUUCAUCCCAACUGAUCUCUGCAUGUCUGAAGAUGAAGAUCGCUCUGCUGGGAGCUACUGGGCAGACUGGGCAGUAUCUGGUCAAGCAGGCCCUGGAGCAGGGUCACACAGUCACGGCCAUCGUCAGAAACCCAGAGAAGCUCGCUGUGCAUCACGACAACUUAAAGGUGGUGAAGGCUGAUAUUUUCUCAGCCAAUAGUCUGAAGACUCAUUUCAAAGACCAGGAUGUGGUCAUGUCCUGCCUUGGCUUCCCGGCUUCCCUCUUCUCUGGGGUGACGGGUUACACCAUGUCCAUGGCUGCAGUGAUCGGCGCCAUGCGAGAAGCCCGGGUCAACAGGGUCAUCACCAUGACCUCCUGGUACACGGAGCCCAACUCUGGAGCUCAGUCUUCGUAUCUGAUCCGGUUCCUGCUGCUGCCGAUGAUCAGAAGUGUCCUCAACAACAUGUAUGAGAUGGAGAGCUUCCUGCAGAAAACCCAGGACAUCAACUGGACCGUCGUUCGGCCCCCUGGCCUCAAAAACCUGCCAGCCACAGCUCAGGAGUUUCUGACCCAUGAGGGGUACUUUGUUCCCGAUAGCCGCGGUCAGCCGGCCCGCAGCGCGGUGGGGAGAGGAGACGUGGCUCGCUUUAUGCUCUCUUUGCUAAACAACAACGCCUGGGUGAAACAGGGAGUCGCCAUUACCACUAAGUGAAGGAAAACCCCAGACGGACAACAUAGCUGCACGUAAAACUCCAAAUGUAAUGACUUUGAAUCCAGAAACCAUGUUUACACCUCAACUUUUAAUCCCUACAUCAUCACGCUGUUAAACAUGAAGUCAUGAGAUCGUUGCAGACGCAGCAAAGAAAUAGUUUGGUGUAACCUUAUUAUCUCAGGUUUUAUGUGUUGUUGCCUGCUACUUACCGUAAUUUCCAGACUAUAGAGGGCACCUCAAUAUAAGCCGCACCAACAAAAAAAAAGGUUUACCACACACACACACACACACACACACACACGCCGCACUCGAAUACAAGCCGCGGCGCAGCAGCCACAUGCGGGUCUCCGGCGCACAGCGCAUGCACGGCCGUAACAUAAGAUAAUCAGACAGAAAGACGCUACACGGAGGUUUUUCCUUGUUUUAAUUCAACAACAAAAUGAGUUUUAAACCCGGGUGAACGUGUCUGCAAGCUUAGAAAAGAAAACAGCGCCGAUAGCAUUCAUGUUUCUGGAUGUUAUAAAAUAAAAACAGCACUGACACGUUAUUACCGGUAAUCUGCAUGUGUAGAAGAACAGAACAGCGCUGACACAGCAUUAAUAAGCCCUGGAUGGUUAGAAAAUAAAACCUGCACACAAAACAUGCCUGGUUAGUAAAUAAAACACACCUGCCUACCAGAAGAAGUCAUUCGCUCUCAUCUUCCUCCUGCACACUAAAGCCAUUAAAGUCCUCUUCUUCAGUGUCGGAGCUGAAGAGCCUCAGAAGAGCUUCGUCACGUACCUUUUCUGUGUCGAUGUCAGCGUCGCUGUCCGUGUUGCUGUCAUCAUCCCCGGGUGAAGCUGGCUUGACUGAGUUCUUCCCGCUGCCGUCUCCAGCGCCGAACCGUGGAUUCAUUCUUGCCAAGCUUACGUGCGGCAGCGCUGUUUCCCUCCUUUACUGCCAGAUCCAUGGCCUUCAACUUAAAUGCGGCAUCAUAUGAACUCAUACGUGUAGUUACCGUGAUGAGGGGGUGUGGAUUUGAAACUGGUGCCGGCUGCUUGCAUGUGCUAAAUUAAAAUGGGCACUUUCUUCCAUUUCCACUUUUGACUUCCACCUGUUUGACUUUCUGCUAAAGCGCCCCCUGGUGGCAUGUGAAGGAACACCUUCAGUCAUGAGUUAUAAGCCGCACGGUUCAAAGCGUGGGGAAAAGUAGCGGCUUAUAGUCCGGAAAAUACGGUAACUGACUUGCACUCAUUUGGAUGCAGUGCCGUAUAUCUGCCACUUGGUGGCAUCAUUUUGCAAAAACUUGCUAAUAAAAGUGAACCUUUUUAAAGAA